AUGAGGCGGAAUUUAGAAGACGCCUUUUGGGAUGUUCGGAAACGUAGAAAGGGUAAGGACUCUAGAACACGUAAUCCUGUCUUGAUAAGCCCCCCCUAUGCGUAUUUAUGGGGGCCACAGCCGGGUUCUGCGUGCCACCUGUCAGAGGUAUCAUCCUCUUCAAGUGGAUUUUCAAAAGUGUCACGAAGUGACGAUUCCAUAUCGUCUGUCAGCAGCAGCGAUGUCACGGCUAUUUCUUUGGAGGAGGGCGAAAUCGAUGAAAAAAAUGCCGCUUUUAUGUCCGAGAUUGGUGUAAUUGGAACAAAGAUUGAUAAUUUAGUUGAUCUAGAAAGGUGUAUAUACUCCAUCAAAAAGCAUGUAAAACGUCUGAGAUUGCUAACGACCCUUAUUGGCGUAAGGGCAGCUAUCCCAAAUCUGGUUGAUAGAGUUUUGAAAAUUAUCAAGGGAUGCCAUCAAACUACUUGCGUUUUGGCAUCCACAUACACGCUUCUAAUAAAAUCAGACAAAGAAAAUGCUGUUGUGCGGAUGAUCAUUGAGGUCUUCUCUGAGCAAUUUAGUGUUAUAACAGCUCUCCAUGCACGCAUGCUUAAUACCGAUAGCUAUGAUGGAUUGAAGUGGAUUCUAGAGGCUGCACCUUACUCCGUGGAUAUGUUAAUUACGAUAAUACCACACGUCGUCGACUGUACGCUGGAAGUAGAGGAGCACAAAAGUCUUGUUUUGCUCUUCCAGGCUUUGGUUCAUUCUACCUUACUAAAGUGUUGCAGUGUGGCAGAUAAUCCUGAGGUUGUCGUCAGACUAUCUGCCGUUAGGUCUGUGUUCUACAUUUUAAUGGCCCUGUUGCCUAUCUACCCAAUUGUUUUGGAGCCCACAGGAGAGGCAUUACAUGGUGACACCGAUACACAUGAAAGAUCGAUAGAGCUGUUUAACUUGAUGCUGAUCGAUUAUCUUCGAUAUGAGGACUUCCAACCGUCUUCGUUGUUCCUAUUCCAAUUACAGAAAGCAUUAGGCAUUACUAGCCCGCAAAUAGGGAUAGAGGGUGCACUGUCUCUGGAGUUCAUAAGAAAGAUAACAUAUACAAUAGCAUAUAUUGCUGUUAUUGUAGGUUGUACGAAGCGACAGUUCCCUGUAGGAUAUGUGGCCGCUUCUAAGUAUGGACUCGAUGAGGUAGCAAGAGCCGUGUCAUCCAUGCAAACGAAACAACACCAUACAAAAACCGUUGGGGAUGGGAUAACUAUUGGCGAUGAAAUCCAAUACAUAUGGGGCAAUGCGAAGUACUGGCUGCUUUCACUGCUAGAGGACAAUAGUGGUGACGUAAGGAACACGGCAAUUCGCAUCAUUAGGCAUGUAGUUGUUACUAUAAGGUUGGGCGAAAAGGACCGGCAACAUGUGAUGUCUCUGGUUACCGAUUGUGUCAGUGAUGCAGUAACCCUAAAAAAUGCCAUGGGAGUUCUUACAGCUAUUUCCCAUUUGUAUCCACUUAAAGAUGGCGCUGUACGGCGAAUAUCCAAUCUUACACUUAAAGGUAGUGGCGUGCGCAUCAGAACUGAUAUAAUAAGGUUUAUAGGCAACUGUUAUUUUACUCCGAAAGGAAAGGCAACUACGCUUAGUGUCCUUAAUAAUUUAUCCGAACCAAAAAAAAAUAAUGAGACCAAAUCUAUGAACAUCCAAUGCGUCACCAGCUCCAUUUUUAACAAUGAGACCGAGAUACGAUUUGCGCAGGUAGAAUGGCCAGAGAUAUUAAAAACGCUUGCUAACCUUGGACAAAAAAUCAUUUGCAUAGGACCAUCCGAUAUCACAUUUCCAUUUGCGAAGAAUUUACAUUGCUCCGCUGCGCACUGGAUUGGCAUUAUUCUGGGAAAGUCACAAGGUUGUGGUUCAACAGUACAUUUUAUACAUGCUCUGUUACGUAGCGAGGCUUCCAUGAGAUUUCCCGAGAUUGUAAAUAUUAAAAUGACUCCCUCUGAGACAAGCACGCUCGCCGAUAGUGGCAAAAUAUAUUCCGAUUUCUUACGUUUUAGCAAAGAUGCCGUAAAUAUCGAUUGUUUAAAGGGGAAAGUUGUCUACCUACAUCUUCACCACUUAAGACGUAUAUGUCGAAUCCUCAAAAUACAAAAGGCCAUCGAUGCAAUACAAAACGAGGUCAAGAUAGGGACAAACUCAGAUACAGGAAAAAAAUGCCAAUGCGUUGAUUGCACUACAGAUCGGAUUAUAAUGUCGUCGAAACAUAAGCGAACGGUUAAAAGUGUCUACGACCGCGUAUCGUGUUCAGCGUAUAAUUUAGUGAAAGAUGCGGAAUGCAAAAUCCGUCAGGAUGAGUCCUUAAAAAUGAAGACGAAACGAUCAAACAUAUUCAGAGCCCAUGCCGUAUUUUCCUACUAUGGCAACCUUUCACAACUUUGGACUGACGAAUUAGAGGCGAUCGAUGAUGUUGACUGCAUAGCAUUCCCGUCCCACACAGGUGCUCUGGUUGUGAGAAGCGUCCAGACGAAUAUACGGGACGCUGAUAUGUUAGUCAGGAUUCGUGGUCCUACUGUGAUGGAAAUGGGACGACGAAAGGGGAUUUUGUCCCAGUCAUUUAGAAGCCAAUACAAGCAAGGAUGCGCCAUCACGGUCAAACUUCAUAUAACACAUGAAAUACCUACGGUAUACCCCAUACCUAUAAAAAUAACGGCAUUAUUACAAGGUAGCAACAAUAGAACGGUAUGUCGUUGA